UCUCUUCCCUCCUCUUUCUCUCUGCCGGACGCUCAGGCCAAGUUCCAGCAAGAGAAACCAUGGCUCAACAACCCUCACUACUUCAAACGGGUCAAAAUCUCAGCCCUAGCUUUACUCAAGAUGGUGGUUCAUGCUCGCUCCGAUGGAACCAUCGAAGUCAUGGGCCUUAUGCAGGGGAAGACUGAUGGCUCCGGUGGAACCAUCGAAGUCAAGAACUGAAACUGGAUUGGUGUA